AUGCCCCCCCUGCAAAGGGCCAAUUCAUGCACGGACAUCGGCUUCACUCUCCGGCGGCAGUUCCACAAGGACGACUUCAGGCCUCACCAGCGUGAAAUCAUACAGGCAGCGUUAGACGGCCACGAUGUAUACGUCCAGGCGGCCACGUCGUUUGGCAAGAGCCUGUGCUUCCAGCUCCCCGCCGUGAUUGAUCAGGGCAUUACCAUCGUCGUCUCGCCGUUGCUAAGCUUGAUGAUCAACCAAGUAGAAGCCCUGAGGACUGCCGGUAUCGACGCCAGCUCUCUAAACAGCAACACGCCGCUUGACGAGCGAGAUCGCAUCCAGCGCGAUCUAGAAUCCGGCCAUCCGAGAACGAGGCUUCUCUACGUCACCCCGGAGCUAUGUUCGGGCUCGCGGUUUCGCCAGCGCCUGCAGCUCGUGCACAGACAGAGGGAGCUUGCUCGCAUAGCCAUCGAUGAAGCCCACUGUAUCUCGGAGUGGGGGCAUGACUUCAGAAAGGACUUCAAGCGGCUGUCGUGGUUUCGGGAGACGUUCCCCGAUGUGCCCAUCAUGUGCCUCACUGCAACGGCGAAUGCCCAAGUGCGGCAGGAUAUCCUCAAGGUGUUGCGCCUCGAUGCCACGCCAGAAAGGAUAAAGACCUUUUUGAUGAGUCCACAGAGGAGCAACCUUCAUCUGGAGAUUAGAUACACCAAGGAUGAGGACGACAAUCGUCUCUCAGACUUUCUGAAAUGGAUCCACGGCGUAUAUGAUCGGAGGCGCGCCGAACCGCGGCAGAGCGAGCUGGUCACGUACCGCGAAAGGACUGAGAACGUCUCGGGCAUCAUAUACACCAUGGCUCGCGACGAAUGCGAGUCGCUGUCCGCCAGUCUUCGCGACGCAGGCAUCGGCGCUCGGCCCUUUCACGCCAAGCUACCCAAGGACGUCAAGGAAGACACACUGACCAACUGGAUCAACAACGAGCCGGGCUACGAUAUCAUCGUGGCCACCACGGCGUUUGGCAUGGGCAUCGACAAGGACAAUGUGCGAUUCGUCGUACACUGGCGGCUUCCCAAGUCCUUCGAGGGGUACUACCAAGAAGUCGGGCGAGCGGGCCGCGAUGGCAACGCCAGCUAUUGCUUCUUGUAUUACAGCCGGGAGGAUCUCGAGCGGGUGUCGCGGAUGAUCAAGAGCGACACGAAAGCCGACUCGAACUAUGAAUCGCGGUUGCGGAGUCUUCAGGCGCUGGCGUACUACUGCGAGAACAUCAACUCCUGUCGGCACGCGUCUAUUUGCAAGUAUUUUGGCGAAGACAAGAUUCCCGAAUGUGACUUUGCGUGCGAUUUUCACAAGGACCCUGAUGAUUUGGAAGACAGGUUCAUGGCAGGAUUGGCUAGCGAAGAGUGGGUGAGCACGCAGGCGAUGCAGGGCACCUAUGACAAUUAUGCAGACGACUUUUGA